AUGGGGGAGCUGGCCAGAGAGAGCAUCAACCUGUUGAGCAAAGUGGACAGCCUGGACAGAAAGGAUCUGCUCCUGUCCUCUCCUGGAGCAGUGUUCAUCCUGUUAAAGUCAGCCUUGGGUGCUGGGCUCCUCAACUUCCCCUGGGCCUUCAGCAGAGCCGGGGGAUUACACACUGCCCUUACUCUGGAAGUGGUGUCCCUUGUCUUUCUGAUCAGUGGGAUGGUGACCCUAGGCUACUGCUCUUCCAUCAGCCAGUGCUCGACCUAUCAGGGAGUGGUCAAGGCUAUCUGUGGCCCCACCGUUGGGAGGCUCUGCGCAGUCUGCUUUCUCUUCAAUGUCUUCAUGAUUUGCGUCGCGUUCCUCACUGUGGUGGAAGACCAGCUCAGUAAAUUGUGUGACUCGGUGGCCAGCAAUGCCACCUCGCCAGGCGAUGAGGGAUCAGCACAAUUAUGGUACGUGAACCAUCGUCUGGGGCUGACUGCCAUCUGCCUGUUCAUCAUCCUUCCCCUGUCUGUUCCCGAGGAGCUUGCCUUCCAGAAGUACAUCAGCAUACUGGGGACCUGUGCUGCCACUUACUUAACAGUCGUGAUCAUCAUCAAAUUCUACAUGGAGGGUCCAGAUGCCAUCUCAGAACAUCCUGAAACCAGCGUCACCCCUUGGACGGCAAUGUUUACUGUAGUUCCAACCAUCUGCUUUGGAUUCCAGUGCCAUGAGGCCAGUGUGGCUGUCUACAGCAACAUGCGGAACAAGUCGCUCUCACACUGGGUCCUCAUCUCCAUCCUUUCCAUGCUUGUUUGUCUUCUCAUUUACUCCAUCACAGGGAUGUAUGGAUACUGGAUGUUUGGCACAGACGUGGCAGCAGAUAUCUUGAUGUCGUACCCAGAUGAUGAUGUUCCUGUUAUCGUCGGGAGGGUGCUCUUUGCAGUCUCUAUUAUCACCAUCUACCCUAUAGCACUGCACCUGGGGAGGUCUGUGGUUCAGGAGCUGUGUGUGACCUUCUGGAGUAGCCCUGCAGUGCUGACAGCUUGCAGAAGGAGACAGAGGGUACUGCUGACCAGCGGCUGGGUCCUGUUGAGCUUGGGGACCUCCCUCUUUGUUCCAGACAUCUCCAGGAUCAUCAGCCUCAUCGGGGGAUUUAGUGCCUUCUUCAUCUUCCUCUUCCCAGGCCUGUGUCUGCUCAGUGUGGUACAGAGGGAAGGUGUCGCUUGCAGAGCAAGGUGGGGCUGGACUCUGUGGGCGGUGGUGACAAUCCUGUGUGGAGUCUUCAUCUUUGGACAGAGCUUGGCAACUGCAGUCUUGGAGCAACUGGGAUAA